UACUUUUGAAAACAAACGGGAUCAUAAGGCUCUCUAGAGGAUGCCCUCACACUCUCCAAAAUAGUUUGCUGUCAGUUAGCCUCUCUGUGUAUUGUCAACACUGCUUUUGCUUUGUAUCAGGAGAGCAAAGACAACCAAACAUGAUGCAAAGGAGUCUCUGCUUUCUCAAUUCCAUCAGAUCUUCUAGUUUCUCUUCUUUAUCUAAGAUUGGAGCUUACUAUGCAUCUCGGGCUGCAUCUUCCCUCCAACAAGCCUUCGAACCAUCUGCUCACCGCAGUAGUAGUGACGAUGAGGACAAUGAUAUUGAUUGGAACAAUCUUGGAUUCAGUGCCAAGCCGACCGAUUAUAUGUAUGUGACAAAAUGCUUGGCAGAUGGGAUUUUCGAACAAGGCCAACUUAACCCCUAUGGAAACAUUGAAUUGAACCCUUUUGCCGCAGUCUUGAACUAUGGCCAGGGGUUGUUUGAAGGAACAAAAGCAUUCAGGAGAAAAGAUGGGAGGGUCUUCCUCUUCCGCCCAGAUCAGAACGCAAUCCGAAUGCAGUUCGGCGCUGAAAGAAUGUGCAUGCCCUCCCCCUCCAUUUCUCAAUUCAUUCAUGCCAUUAAACAAACUGCUCUCGCUAACAGGCGUUGGAUUCCGCCUAUGGGAAAAGGGUCUCUUUAUAUAAGGCCUUUGCUCAUAGGAAGUGGGCCUAUACUGGGUUUGGCUCCAUCACUUGAAUAUACCUUCCUUGUCUAUGCUUCCCCAGUUGGCAACUAUUUCAAGGAAGGUUUGUCACCAUUGAACUUAUAUAUCGAGGAUGAAUUCCAUCGUGCCACUCAUGGUGGAGUUGGAGGUGUCAAGUCCAUCACCAAUUAUGCCCCGGUUUUGAGUGCAUUAACUAGAGCAAAGAACAGAGGAUUUUCUGAUGUGAUAUACCUUGAUUCGGUUCAUAAGAAAAACAUAGAGGAGGCUACUUCUUGUAACGUUUUUGUGGUGAAGGGCAAUCUUAUUUCAACUCCAUCUACCAGUGGAACUAUUCUUCCUGGGGUCACACGAAAAACCGUUAUAGACAUUGCCCGUGAUCAUGGUUACAAGGUUGAGGAACGUGCUGUUCCGGUGGAGGAAUUGCUUGAUGGUGAUGAAGUUUUCUGCACAGGAACUGCUGUUGGUGUUGCUCCUGUAGGUAAUAUCACAUAUAAGGGUAGAAGAGUUGAAUACAAAAUAGAAGGUCAGCUUGUUAGUCGAGAUCUGUACUCCAUACUUGUAGGGAUUCAAACAGGUAUUAUAGAAGACAAGAAGGGAUGGCUUCUUGAGAUCGAAUGAGCUUUCUGUGUCCUCACAAUUGCAGCAACAAAAUAAGUACUGAUGUGAUGCCUACUCUUUUGCUGGUUUAUUCCAUUUAAUGGAUAUGGAUGUGCAAUAUUCGAAACGACUAUUUCAUCUUGUUCUUUAUCAGAGAAUAAGUGUGUGCAUGGAAGCGCCGUCUCUGCUUUCACUUAGCUUCUUCAGUUUGUAAAAAUGGGGUUUUUGAUUAUUGUUUGUUUUGUAAAUUGAUUAAUCUCUCAUAGAUGGUACCAUUUAUUAUAAUAUUAACGUUUCAUGUUUGGUUGAUGUUUCACAUAGGUAGAAAACAUCAACACCAAACUAUAUUAUCAAAUUA